UGAUCGCAUUCCCUCUUUCUUGGAAAGCUCAGAGACAGUAAGCCUUACUAUAAAUACAACAUUUAACCCUAAACAUUCCGACCUGAGAUCAACAGACAAAAUACUUUUACGGUGAGAAGAUUUCGCCUGAAAAAUCCUCGAGCGAAUGGAGUCGGAAUUCGAUUUGGCAUUUCUCGAUUCUCUACAGCAGCAGCUCCUCGACGAUUCCGAUUUUCCGGAGAUCUUCGCGGCGAUUGAUCGGUGCGGUAAUAGCAGCGCCGUUAUUGGCGGUGCCGGAGGCUCACCGGAGUCGUGGGAGGGGGAUGGGGAGGUUCAGAAGGCGGCGAUCGGAGCGGCGCGGGAGGAGUGCUCUCCGCCGCUGCCGCGAGACUACUGGAGGCGCUAUAAAGGCGUGCGGCGGAGGCCGUGGGGGAAGUUCGCGGCGGAGAUAAGGGAUCCGAACAGAAAAGGCGCGAGGCUGUGGCUGGGAACGUACGAGAGGCCGGAGGACGCGGCGCUGGCGUACGAUCGGGAGGCGUUUAAGCUGCGAGGCGCGCGGGCGCUGCUGAACUUCCCGCACCUGAUUGGCUCAAACGUGCCGGCGCCGAUUAGGGUUAAACCACGGCGGCGGUCACUUCCAAAGGCGGCAUUGUCGUCUCCGUUGUCCACAGAGAGUGGGAUUGGUACUCCUAAAAGAAGAAAAAUUAGCAUCAUAAACUCAGUAGCCGCAAAAGUCAAUUUGGAUCGUGUGAGUAUGUUGGAUAUGCUUACCAGUUGAGAUUCCUAGCUACUACAAAAUCAUGUACUUGAGUCAAUCGCAGUCAAUUUACAAGACAAUUCACUUGGCAACCGGAACAUUUCAAGUUCAACUUCUGCGAGUUGUGUAUUGACCUUUUAAAAGUUUGUUUUGCAAUUUUCAACUUUUUCAA